AACAGCCAAACGUCACAGAUGCUGUAGAGUGAAAGGUAGUACAUUUUUCACCUACCUUAUUUCGCGAUGUAUCAUCUAAAUACCUCCUACUCCAACUCCACAUUCUCUUGGAAUACUGGCCAGGUGGUCGCCAGCUUUGUCUUAGGGCUGUGCUGUCUGGUGGGCGUCCCUGGCAACAUUGCGGUCAUCGUGGGUAUACUUCAUAAUUACAAGAAAGAGAAUUUCACUCGGAAGCUGAUACUGAACCUGGCCAUCUCUGACCUCUUGUCCCUUCUAACACUCCCAGUGUCAAUCUACUCUCUGCUGCAUGGCUGGGAUUUCGGCCAAUUUCCCUGCAAGCUCUUAUCCUACGCAGUUUACUGCUGUUUAUACACCAACGUGUUGAUGGUCACCCUGAUGAGUGUGCAGCGUUACCUGGUAGUGCUGUACAAACAGUGCUGGGCAAGACUGCGUAGGACACGUGAGAUGGUGCUGCUGGUUUCAAUGUGGGUGCUGGCAUGUCUCCUUGCCUCUCCAAACAUCCUAUCCUGGGACACUGUGGACAAGAAUAAUUUACGGAUGUGUCAAAGGAGCCCAAGGACAGAUGAGGAGAAAGUGGCUGUUCUGCUUGGGGAGACUUUGCUGGGGUUUGUCAUCCCUUUCUCCAUCCUGCUCACCUCUUACUUCUGCCUCCACAAGAAAGUGAAUCAGACCACCUUCUUCAACAACCAGAGGACGACCUGGCUGGUGACCAGCAUCGUGGCAACCUUCUUCAUCCUCUGGUUUCCCGCACAUGUCAUAAACAUAUUGGACAUCACCGCCACCCUGUUGAGAACAUCCCAGCCAACUGUAUACGAAAAGUUGAAGCGCUUCAGGAGAGCCAGUGGGGACAUCGCUAAGACUUUGGUCUUCAUCAACAGCUGUGUGAACCCCUUUCUGUAUGCCUUUGCAUAUCGUCCAGUGUGCCGUAAAUCAGAGCCUGUCUAGAAGGACACUCAGGCAUGACUCGCCUGAAGAUGUCUUGGCUUCUUCCAUUUCUCCUUGGAAUCCAAGCCUUUGUGGCCGCCAUAGUUUUCCUCUUUCUGAAAGUACUGGUAAGGGCUCUAACAAUUUUGAUCAUCGCAUGUUAAAAUUAACAAUCAGUAAUGAAAAAUUAUGUCUGAAUAAAGUUUCUUGGGUCCUAAGUCGCCAGAUGACUCCAUGUAUUUAGGGACCUGUUAACAACUGUUUUAAAUUCUAACCUGAGUGUUAUAGCUGUUUGCAUUUAGUAAACUUUGCUAUCCCACUGUUUUUGUGAAGGUCGACUAAAUCCUAUAUUAAGGGGUCAGU